UACGUAGUUUGUGCAGUCAGUCGCUCCUUGUUUUCAAUAACAGUGAGUUUUUUUGUACUACUCUCUGCUUAUUAACAUAGACUCACAGUCACAGGGUGCUUAUGGUUUCGGUUGGUUCAAAAGCAUUAGCAUCAACAACUUCAAUGGACUAUGAAUCCUACAAACAUGGUAGUAGAAGAAGUAACAAGGGAAUGAGCAGGAAGCCAAACAAAGGGGGUGUUGGCUCCCAUACCUAUCAUUCCAAUAAACCUUCAACUCUCAAAGACACAAACACCUUCUUCACUUCACCAUCGCGUGUUAGGAAACAGGUUGAUCCCGAAACAACAAAAUACUUCUCUGAAAUUGCCAAUCUUUUCGAAAGCGAUGGAGUUGAAUUGGAGGAACGAUCAGUUUUAUGUGCUAAUGCUCUCGAAGAAACUAGGGGAAGAGAAUUUGAAAUUGCAACUGAUUAUAUUCUCAGCCACACUUUGGAAACCAUCCUUCAGGGCUGUGAUGUUGACCACCUUUGUGCUUUCCUUCAAAGUUGUGCCAAUGACUUCCCCUUUAUUGCAAUGGAUAGAUCUGGUUCUCAUGUAGCCGAGACAGCCAUCAAGUCUUUAUCUGUUCAUCUUCAAUACGAGGACGUUCACCCUCUGGUUGAGGGGGCAUUAACCAUGAUAUGCAAGGUGAUUGCUGCUAAUUCUGUUGAUGUAAUGCGUAACUGCUAUGGUUCUCAUGUGCUUCGGACUCUUCUUUGCCUUUGUAAAGGAGUACCGUUAGAUCAGUCCGGGUACUAUUUUUCAAAAUCAGCAACAGUGCUAGCAGAGCGAUUGAAUAUGAAGGAGUUUCCUUCGAAGAUACAUGAUGCAACAAAUUUUCAGUCUGGAUUUCCAAAUUUACUGAAUUUACUUGUGUCAGAGAUGAUAAAGCAUGCUACAAAAUGUAUCAAGACCCUACAAGUUGACCGAUUCAGCAGUUUGGUUUUUCAGACAACUCUAAGGGUGCUGGCAGGCAAUAAUGAAGAGUUGUUGCGCAUUAUUCCUAUCCUUCUUGGCUGCACAGAUAAGAAUAAUGCAGAGGGCAAUUAUAUAGCAACUACGAUAGUGCCGGCGCUCCUGAAUUUGUUAAAAGAAAGUGAAUUUUGCCAUCUAAUGGAGGCUGUUUUGGAAGUAUCGCCUGAUGCUUUGUUCAAUGAAUUGUUCACAAAAUUAUUCAGGAAUUCCUUGUUUGAGUUAUCAUCUCAUCAACAUGGGAACUUUGUUGUUCAAGCAUUGAUUUCCCAUGCAAGCAAUCAAAAUCUGAUGGAUUUAAUCUGGGAAGAACUUGGGCCAAAUAUGGAGGAUCUUUUAAAAAUGGGAAGGUCAGGAGUUGUUGCUUCACUCAUUGCUGCGAGUGAAAGGCUUCACAUUAAUGAACAUAAGUGCUGUAAAGUUCUUGCUGAAACAGUGUGUUUAGCUGAUGAAUCUCCAAAAUGGAUUGUUCCUCGACUACUGUUCCUUGAUAGCUAUUUCACUUGUGAAGAUAAGUCCAAUUGGAGCUGGCAAAGUGGUGCUAAAAUGCAUGUAAUGGGUUCUCUGAUCCUGCAGGCAAUAUUCCGGUUUAGAAGUGAAUAUAUACAACCUUAUAUCACCAGUAUAACAUCCAUGGAAGUAGCUCAUGUGCUUGAAGCAGUGAGAGAUGCAAGAGGAUCGCAUGUUAUUGAGGCUUUUCUAUGUUCAGGUGCUUCUGGGAAACAGAAAUGCAAAUUAGUUACAAAACUACGAAGGCAUUUUGGAGAGCUUGCACUCAACUCAUCAGGUGCUUUUACCAUUGAAAAGUGCUUCACUGCCUGUAAUCUGUCACUAAGAGAGGCUAUAGUGUCUGAGGUGCUGGCUGUGCGAAGUGAGCUUUCCAAGACAAAGCAGGGCUCUUACUUAUCAAGGAAACUAGAUGUUGACGGAUUUGCUGCCAAUCCUCAUCAUUGGAGGUCAAAACAGACAUCCAAAGAAUCUACUUAUAAAGAUUUUUAUGCUACGUUUGGCUCCAGUGAUGCUAAGUCAACCAAAAAUGACGACUUUCUUGCUGACACUUCAAGUAAUAUAUCAAAUCCAAAAGCUGUAAAGGAAGUGAGAAAAGAAAUUGACCAAUCCCUAGGUUCUGGUGCACCAUUUCUGAGCAUGCAUGGCUCUAAGAGAAACGCAAAAAAAGCAAAGCAGAAAAAUAAGAAAAAUGUUCAGAUUGGUGGAGAUGAUGAUAACUCUAGUAGGAAAAAGAAAAGGUCUGACAAGGAAAAGGUUGAAAGUGGUUAUGAUAUUGCUGCUUCUGCAACAGCUAUGAAGACUGUGAAGAAACGGCAGAGAGAUGGUGAGGUGUCUGAGGCUUCUACGAAGAAAUUGAAGGCAUAGGAUGAAUAGAGUGGAAGGCCAUUUUUAUUUUUAUUUUUAUUUUUAUUUUUUUUAAUUAAGAAAAAGAGAAGGAUGGAAUUAAGCAUGGUCAGAAGGACCCAAAAGACUCUACGCAUGUAGAUUGGAAUGAUUUCCUGUUUGUUAGUAAUUUUGUAUCAUUUACCAUGUCGCAUGAAUAUGUAGCUGGACAGAGUAAUCACAUUCAGCGAGAAAGGUAGUUACUGCAAAAUAUGAAAUGUUUU